CGCCAUCCAGGAAGUGAAGAGACGCACACACAUCACCGCAGUCGGCAGUUAAAUGUUCCGGUUGCGGCUCGGCACCAAAACUCGGGUGACGCCGCUGUCGGUUUCAUGCCGUAGAAACAUGUCGGCGGCGUCCGCUGAGUCUGGCGCGGCGGACGCUGAAGACCGCGACGGCCGGUCGAUCCACUCGGACACGGUGGAGGAGGUUCACAGCGUCCCGAUAAGCGUCCUCAUCAGGCCGAUCCCUCCGGUACUGGACGAGCUGAAGGUCCAAAGUCUGAUGAACACAAUAAAGGAGACAUCAGACAUCAGCAUUGUGCCUCCCAUCGACGUGCUCUGGAUCAAAGGUAGAGAGGGGGGAAAUUACUACUACUCUUUUGGAGGCUGUCACAGGUUCGCCGCGUACCAGAGGCUGAACCUGCCGACCAUUCCAGCCAAGAUCAUCAAAUCAAACAUCUCAGACCUUAGCACUUACCUGGGGGCUUCAACGCCUGAUCUGCGGUGACGCGGAGGCAGCUUGGAGGUUUUUUUUAUUUUUUGGUUUCUUUCUUUGUUUGAUUUUGCAAAUUUUUUUUCUUUUCUUUUUUUUUUUUUUGACUUGGCUCAGGUGGCUCACACACAAAGUUAUGUCUCUUCUGUUGCCGCUGGUGACUGCAAAGCAAAGGAAUUACCAGCAGGGGGAAAUGUAAUUCUUCAGAUAAACACAUGGCGAUGAAAUGUAAUUUCAUUGCCAUGUGGGGUGUGUGUUUUUAAAUGUGUCUUUUUGUAAGUUACACAUGUCUGUCAUUUAAUAGCUUUAACCCUCAAACACCAGUUGCACUACCACAUAAAAAUGAAUGUAUUAAGUUAUUAUAAGUAUUCAGUUUCCUGCAGUUACGCUCUUGAGGAUGAGGAAGUUUCUACGACAGUGAUUGUUGACUUUUUUUUUUUGUGCACAUAAUGUAGAAUUUCCUUUACUGAGAGGACACAGUGACGGUGAGUGACACUUCACAGCAAAGAUGGUUGCAAAUUUCGAUGCCUUUUUCACAGCAGACAGUUUGACUGGACUGGACUGGAAUGUCUGCUGGACAAAGUGGGAAAUGCACAGGUGUCACUAAAGUGGUUGCCGUCAGAAUUUCACAAAAACUAGAAUGUUGAGUUACAACUCAGACGCUGACGUGAAGGGUUUUCCCAACUAAACUGCUCUAGAUUACAGUCCGGGGCCCUGUUUCCUGAUAACGAUCCAUACUUAGUAGUUGGGCGGGUCUUCUAAAAGCAUUUCUACGAACGUGAAGAGCGAGCGCGUGCGCACACGCCCUUAAGAGCUCCUUAACCUCGGCUGUCUGUGGUUCCGAAGAUGAUACACUCUAAAGUGACGUUGCUUAUUUAAGCGUCUCUGUCAGCUGUGCUAUUAAUCAAAAAUACAUCCGUGAUGAAGCUUAACACAAAGAAAACGUUUAAUACUUGGAAUCGUUCUGUAGGAAGACAAAGCUUAAUGAGCGGUAAACGGUCUAGCUUUCAGUGCUGCCCUCUAUAACUCCUGUUACUGAGUGAAAGUUCAAGGAUGCAGACUUUGAUUGGUCUAGCUGCAGCUCGAGGCAGACAUCAUCUGCUGUGAAUGUCAUUCGAUGAUCAUUGCUGUAUCAGACCUGCGGUAUAGAAGUGUGUGUCAAACAACAUACGCACCAUAAAUAAAAAGAAAAUGAAAGAUAUGGAACCUGGAAAUUUACAAUCAGCCCGAUGAGAUGAGGAUAUGAUGUGAAGAUGGCAUGUCUCUGAAAUCACUAUUCAAGUGUCUGAAUUCUGAGUGUGUAAAUUUAAUGGCUAUAUGUUGCUCUCAAAAACCACACAAUGGAACAAACAAAAUGAUGUCAACAGCACGUACACUACUUUCUGCUAACAAUCCCACAGUGCAAUGCAUCGCACUGGGAGUAGUGACUGAGUGAACAAGGGGGUGACUUCAGACGCAGCCCAGGACCCUGAAUCUGGAGCCGGUGAAAGGAAUUCAGCCUUCGUUCAUUUUAUGAUCUACCCCUGUGCUUUUCCUGCUGUGACACGUCAAAAUGUCUUCCUCGGCAGCCUUUCCUUCAGGUGCACCUUUUGAGCUCCUCCUGCUGGGAAAGAUUUAAAUGCAAGUUGUUUCACAUUCAAGUUAUUUUAGUCCGGAAUUAUAUCAAAACGUCCCCGUAGUCAGUCUCUCUUUGUAGCUCUCGUGUUAAUUUUAGAAAUCAAAUGGCGCGGAGCUGCUCUUCAGCAGCAUAGUACGAGGAGGAACCGAAUGUGCAUUGUGUGAUAAAUCUUUUCAUAAAAGAAAAACCCGACUGUAACUGUUACAUGUAUCAGUACUAAUGAUUGAGUAGGACUGCACCAAAUGUCACAACAAAAUACAGUAUUUUAUUUUUUUUUAUCCAAACUUUGUGAAAUGUCAGUGCUUCUGGUGUCACACCACUUCAUUCAUGCACGGUCAAAUUUGACUGUGACGUUUCAGAGGGCACAAGAAGACGAGGUAAUAGAAAAGGAGCCUAUAGACCAGAUGGUUUGUAGAAUGAGUCCGAUGUAAUGAGAACAGCAGACUGCCAGCAUCUGAUGUCAAGAUGUUGUUGAGUCAUGCUGAGUUUGCCCCUACUUCAUCAUCAUCAUCAUCGUUAGUCUUGCUUACUCAUUUCUUACUUCUGCCGAAGAAAGAGGAGACGUGGGAAGCACAUUCACACCUUCAUCGUACAGCUCAGUUCAUAUGAAACCCAUCUAAACCAAAGCUCCUCUCACGUCCUUGAAUCAGAUGAAAUCAUCUCACAAAAUUUGCAAAAAAACAACCUGACUGAUGGCCUACUCUUCAUACUGUUGUCCCUGAUGAGUACAAAUGCAUUCUGCUCACAGGAAGUUACAUAGAAAGCAGCCUUUUGCCUUCCUUAAACAUGCACAAUAAUGAUAUUAAUGGUUUCAAGUAAAUGCAUUAGUAUAUUACAUAACGCCCUGUUUGUUGUGGGUACUGACCUGGAGACUGGCCCUGCUUCCUAAAUCGAGCCAGACAACCAUUCCCAUGCCUCUGUUUUAAAGAACAUCGUAGGUAAACUAUACAUCACAAGUCACUGCGCACAGACGAGGCCUUUCUGACGUCACCGCCUUCACAAUGCAAGCUCAGAGCUGCUUGAUGAUCUCCCUUUGUGGCCAUCGAGAAAAUGAAGGGAGACCUGGGGCGGCUUUUACCGACCAGCCCUAAAGGCCUCUAAAUUUCUCCCCUGAAUCGUCGCGUGUGAGAAGAUUUCCUGUGGCCCGCUCACUGUCUGGAAGUAACCAUAUCCUCAAAGGGUUUUUGACACGCAACACCGGUAUGGAAAAAUAUAGUGCACCUGUUGCUUUGGGGAGAGGUUUCCAUGGGUGGUUGUGUACGCUUUAUCUUUGAGGAUUUAAGCAGCUCAAGGAGAUUUAGGGGGCUAAGGAGAGGAAGUGUUUGCGGUAGUUUUCACAUGUGGAUUGGGACCAUGUCACUUCUCAUUUACUUUUGUCGCCAUUUGCUGUUGUAUUGCUCAGGGAUGACUUAACAAAUUAACUUGUGAUGACUGCUCCCUAUUUAAAAAAAAAAAUCUUUCAUGAGAUUUGGCGGGUUUGAUCUUCUCCGCUCAGCAUAGUUUCUCUCCUGCAACAUUAGGACAAAAAAAAAAAAGAUUGAAACAAAACACAGAAUCCAACACAAGAAUCUAAGGAGAUUAUUUUUGUAAUUGUUGUAAUAAACAUCACUAUGACUAAUGACUGAAGAAUAUAAAACAAAGCUGAUUGAUAUUUGUUUUUGUUUUGGUUUUUUUUUAUGUCCAAAAGUAAAAAUUGUUCAGACGGUACUUCCAAAGCUUUUGUUUUCUUCAUGCUAUUUUGAGACCCCCCAGGAGGCUGUUGGGCUCUAAGCAGCAUCUUGGUUUGUGCAUGAUGAGGACAGGCUGUGAUGAGUGGAUUUUUACAAUUAGAAUCACUGAAGCAGCAGAAGGGACAUAGCUAACUUUCAGUAUAAAAGGACGCUUAACAGUGAAUUUUUGAAACACUGGAGCUUGGAGUUGUGUCGUAUGCGCCUCAUUCAUCUGAGACACAGUAUUUAUUUGUGUUGAACAAGCUUUAUUAGUUCUGUCUUGUGUACAUGUGUUGGAGUGUUGUGUUUUUUGCCAAA